AUGGCAUUAAGAACACACCAAGAGGUUGACCUGGUGCCGGGCACUGAGGUUAUGGACGCAGAUGGCAGAGCGAAGAAAGCGUUGAUUCCCGUACCUUCCAACGAUCCUCGCGACCCCUUGAACUGGUCGAAGAAAUGGAAGCUUAUGGUGAUGGCCAGCCAAUGGCUCUUCACAUGGAUCUCAGUCACUGGCGCCCUGUCAAUCGCACCGAUGUUUCCUCUCCUUGGCCAAGAGUUCCAUCUUAAUAACUCACAGCUUGCAUUCCUCACAGGAAUCACAGUCAUCACUCUUGGAGUUGCUGGUUUCGUCAUUGUCCCCAUGAGCAACAUCUUCGGACGUCGAGCCGUCAGCUUGACCUUCGCGUUCUUCAUCAUGCUCACAUGUAUCUGGCAAGCAUUGGCAACUUCGCACCGCAGUCUUCUUGCAGCACGUGCGUUGAACGGUGUUGUUUGUGCGACGAGCGAAACGAUUCCGGUGCAGAUGAUUGCUGACGUAUUCUUCCUUUACGAGCGUGGCGCCUGGACCGGGGUUUAUUUCACUGGUUACUUCCUCGGCGCCUUCCUCGGUCCAGUCAUGAGCGGAUCCAUUGCCGCCCACCAUGGCUGGCAAUCUUUCUUUUGGCUGGAAACCGGCUUGUCUGCGUUUUCGAUUGUCCUAAUCUUCUUCACCUUUCCAGAAACCAAAUAUCACCGCCAGAACACGAAAGGCUACACCGGCGUGACUACCCCUGACUCCAGUCAAAGUCAAGGGGCCAUCAUGAAUGACCGCAGCGGACAGAAUUCAGUUGAAAAAGCAGAAUCACAGAUCGUCAAUCACCGCACCGAGAGCGAGUCUGCUCUGCCUCCUUUGGGCCGUGGCCGGCCAUCGCGAGGACAGUUCAUGCCGUUCAGAAAGCCAGAUCCUCGUUGGAAGAUGUUUGUAGUGCGCGAUACCUGGACACCCGUUAAGGUAUUCUUCAACCCCAUCAUCCUAUGGGCUGGGUUGAUGCUUGCGGGACCGGCGGAUCUCGUUCUCUUCUUCAACAUCAGCGAGUCUGUCAUCUUCGCCGCGCCACCCUACCUUUUUAACCCGGAGAACGUCGGCUACACCAACUUUGCGUUUGUCAUUGGCGCUCUGCUCGGUCUUGCCACUGCAGGUCCCUUCUCUGAUUGGGUUGCCGCACGCGCUACACGCAAGAACAGCGGCAUCCGUGAGCCCGAAAUGCGUCUGCCGGCACUGUGGUUCUUCAUGAUCAUCACUAUCAUGUCGGUUAUUCUCGGUGGCAUCGGAUACCAACGACACUGGGGUUGGGGCCACAUCGUGGUCUGGGGAUACGGCUUUGCUGGCUUCGGUGUCACCACCGUACCCACGAUUUCGAUCACUUACGCCAUUGAUUGCUACAAGCCUAUCUCAGGUGAGAUCAUGGUGGUUGCGACUGUGUUCAAGAACUUCAUCGCUUUCUCGUACAGCUACUGGAUCUUCGAAUUAGCGCACACCAGCAAAAACGGCUGGAUCACACCCGCCAUGGUCAUCUUUGCGUGCACAGUUGGUCCCGCAUUGUUUGCCUUUCCGCUAUACUACGGUUUAGGCAAGAAGAUUCGCACAUGGACUAGGAACUCGGAUGUGCAUCGCAUGGAGCAGGUCAUCUAA